AUGAAGCAGAGUGGAAUCAGAGCAGCAAGUGAGAGUGACGUUACAUCACUCAGUAAUGAGCAUGCGCUGGACUUCGACGAUGAAACUCUGAUAGGUAAAGACGCUUACAUGUAAGUGUAUUACCAAAAUGGCUUAAGGUUUUAACUGUUGUAUUAGCAAAGUUUCUUUGAUUUGGUAUGGAAAUCAGUGCAGUCAAUUGAUGCUCCUGACUGGACAGACAAGGCCGAAACUAUAUGAUCUGCAAUCAAUUAUGGCUAAAAAUGGCCAAACAUCAGAAAUAUUUCGAAACAAACGAUUCGAAAUGCUCAAUUUUCCCAUCAUGAACCGGAAGACGUCCCGUGUCUUUUCAAAUAAUAGGUAUCGUUAACCCCCAAGACUUAUAUAUUACUACUACUAUGGUCCGACUUAUCCAUGAAAGCGGCCAAUCCUGCCUUUACUUGAAAAAUAAUAAUUCGUAAAAAUAAUUUGCAGAUUAACACACACACAUAAAAAUAAAACUGAAAAAUACUGUGCUUAACGUCAACAGUGGUAACGAAAAGCUGACCUGUGAAAGAAGAAGACGAGUUUAAAGAGUUUGAAGAGAUAAAUCAGUUCUCCAUCCAUUCCUGUUGGCCAGAACCUCUUUACAACCUCUAAUUUGAUAGGUUCUUGUUGGCCCAAAGCUCUGUUGUUUCAGAGUUGGGGUUCAUUGUUAGUUUUGUUUGGGUUAGGGCUAUCUAUUGUUUUCUAAACCAAUCCUGUGAGCCGUUCUUAAAACACAAGUGACGUAACACUGAGUAGCCUGAAUUUCAUCCGAUUACGUCGAGUCGUUAUUACUCCCUUGUUGAGAGGAGAAAACGACUCGAAGAAAUCGGAUGAAUUUCAGGCUAAACACUGAGCAGAAUAGAUGAAAGUCAUGAAGAGAGAUUCAUUUGAGCGUGAUGACACUUCAAUCCUCUUUUUGUUUAGCAAUAGCACAGGUUUACAAUAAUGAAGGUACGGAAGCGUUCUUAAAGGAAGAUUACAGCAACGCCUUUUAUUUUUUCACUGAGGGAAUUAAAGUGAACUGCAAGGAUGAAGAUGGCAUGGCCAUGCUGUACAGCAACAGAGCUCACGCAAACCUUCAUCUAGGUGAGCUCACGUGUUGUUGUUGUUGUUGUUUUUUUUUUGCGAAUAGUGGGCAGGCCGUCUUUGCAAUCCAGCAGAUAUACUGGGUUUGCCUUUCGCUCUGGCCAAUAUCAACUCCGUGGCAACGAAUUUAACUCCAUGCUUGUAAUAGCCAACUGUUUUUCCUCAUUCUGGGCGGCGUUUUAAAUCAUGUGAUAAAUUUGAAUGAUUUUUGUAAUUAGUUAGGGAAAAAAGGAAAUGAUUUUUUAUUUGGCAUUUUUUAGGUGUAAUAUCGCACUCACAUUAGGACAAAACGAAACAUAACGCUUUUUCCGAUUCGGAUUCAUUACGUUUGCUAUGGGAAACUUGCUUGAUGUCCUCCGUCGCUUCCCAUUCUAAUUUACUUCUCGUGAUUGAUAGCUCUUUGAAUUCUAAUUGGAACGCUGCGUUUGUGUUGAUUAACUUUUUGUUGUUGUUAUUGUUUUUUCUGUUAUUUAUUUUCUAAUUAUUUUUGAACCUUAAUAGGAAACUACAUUUACUCGCUGGUAGAUGCAAAAAAUGCCACGGACAUACGACCAUUGCUUAUCUCACCAAUAAUCGCAGGUAAUUUCAAUGGCAGUCUGCGAGUACAUCCACCUCUUAUCGCCAACUUCCCGCCUCAGAAAGGCUGGAUUUUGAUGGUAUCAUCAGUUUAAUUAAGCAUUAAGCAUUUAGCAUUCGCUUUACGGCAUUUUUAUGAAAAUUAUAACCGUAGCAGCUCUUUAAAUAUUUUUGCUUUGUCAAACGAUAGCCGUUAUUAAUCAUCAAACUAUGUUGAUAUGGACUUGUUCUUGAGAGCUCUUCUGGAGAGCCUUCACUGCGUUUUUGCAAAGUUGAGUGUGAUUAAGUGUUCACAACCAAGUCACAAGAUCCCAACAGUCAUAAAUUUCUCUUUGUCCGCUUACUGUUUCGUAAAAAAGGAGGAAGGAGACCUGCGUUCGAAACGGAUGGGAAAAGAGAUUUCGGGGAGAAGUGGAUUUCGGGCUCUCGUGAAGCGCGAAGAGAUGAAAGGGUUCCCAUCUUUUUUUCUCCUUUACAAGCGAUCGCGCCCCCGAAUGCCUGCUACAGGGGCUAGGAAAGAAGGAGGUAGGACAAGGUAAGAUUUAAGUAAUUUAAGUAUAAGUGUAAGUGAUUUAAGUAUAAUUAUAUUUACUUAAUUUCAGGAGCGAAUGCCUCUGCGGAAUUGAAUCUGUUAGACCUGGCAAUUGACUGGUGUGACAAAGGAUUGAUGGUAUCCUUUAGUAAUUUACAUGCAUCCAUGACAUACACAUCAAAUGUGCUUUAUUGGCCAAGCUUAAGAUGAAGAUGGCUGAAUGAUUGACAAGAACGAGGCGAAUUUUUGGCCAGGAAUAUAUUGAUUAUAUGGCUAAAACAAGAUCUUUUCUUGCGGGACAGAGCAAGCAAUAAAGAGUGGGCAAGAUACGGCCCAUCGAUCUUAGCCGCUCGUUUACGUUUAGCCAAUCAGACCACAGGAUUCGCCUCCGUACAGAAUUGAAAUUAGCCUGCCUAGCUGGAGGAAUAGGCCAAUUUCGAGUUCCAAAGACUCUUACUUCCAAAACAAGGCUAGGUGCAAAACCUUUGUCGUGAAAAUAUGUUUUAUUUGCAUGAGAAUAAAAACUCAUUUUCAUAUCAAUGUCUUAGCACUUAGCCUCGCUUUGAAACAGAGGCUUGAGGCAGCUCGGAGGUUACCUACUGCUUCUGCGUGUGUACGAGAAUUCUCUAUUGCCGGUAACACAGGCUAAAUCAAAAUGAUUGCACGCCCUCCUAGAAACGAUCAUCGUUAUCAUUUAUCUACUCUUGGUUCACCUUGUUGUAUGAAUGGUUAUAGUCCAUAGUGGUGUAGCAUCCACGAUCAAGAUUGAAUUAGUACUACUUCUAGUAUUGCAAUUAUACUUAACAUGCACUUAAUUCUAACAUCAUUUACCUUAACAAUAUGAACGAUUGACGAGGAAAAUAUUACGCUGAUAAACCUGGCUUUGAAAUGCGCAGAAACAAGAGCCAAAGACAACAAGGUAUUACAUUUCUUUUAAUCUCGUACCCAGAUCUCCCAGUGUAAAACAGAGUGAGAUCUGGGUACGAUAUUACAUUUCUAUAAUAAACACUUUGCUUCAUAAAGCCAUCGAAGUCACCUUUAAUAUUAAGAAGGAUUGCCUCUUUAAUACCAUUCAUUUCUUUUUGCAGGAAAUUAAUCUCGGAUUUCGGUAAUAACCAUCCUGCGGAGAAGGAAAGGUGCCCGAGUAAAUUGCUCGGGUGCGUAAACUAAGAACUAAGAACUAAGAACGGUGGCGCUGACCAACAGGAUGAAGGACGCGAGCACACGUGUACUCUUCCCUUGCGCGCAUCACUUAUCUCGCGCCCCAUAUUUCUUACGCCCGCCUAGCCUGCCAUGCAAGCAAAUACAAUAUAUAUACCCUAUUGUACUUAAUUUCGCGUUUUUCGCAAUUUCAAAACAAUCGCGAAAAUAAAUCCUCGCAAAAUUUAAGGACGCGAAAUUAAAUACUCAUAUAGAAAAUUCAAAUCAGAGAAAAAAAUAUUAACUUGAAAUAGCAACAACAGGAUCAGGAUAUGUAUCAAUAAUAUAACUUAUUUACAGUCGAACCAGGCCAAGCGUUCCCGUCGCUAAAGGACUAAUAAAUUCAUUAAUGGCAAAUUGUUUCCGUUCGUUGGUUCCGUAGUUUAUUCACGAAAUGAAUAAUGCAAUAUUCAAAUAGAGCCUCGAUUCAAUAAUCGAAUGUUGAUUGAACUAAUAAACAAAAGCCUUGCCAUAUAUGGAGUGCUAGGAAAAGCGUGACCUGAACAUGGCGGAGUUCUCUCCGGAGUUAAGUGUGAUAGAGCAGGUAGGUUAUCAUAGGCGUACGGGCCGGGGGGGCGACGGGGGCUGCAGCCCCCCCCCAAGUUUUGGGCAACUCAGAAUUUUUGGGCAGCAAGAGAAAAUUUGGGCAAAGCCAGGUUUUAAAGACGUUUCCAUGUUUUUUUAUUGUUAUUUUGAAGAGAUAAAUACUUUAUAUUUUAUUCUGACAAAAAUGCUGACGUCGGCGUAAUAAUCCAGUUACAUUCUCUCGAGACAUAGGUUGCGUAGCACGUGAUGAGUUUCUGGUUAUUAGGAAAGGGUAUGACACGUUGAUUUACAUAUUUAUAGUUUUUUACUGUGUUUAGUUAAGGUAAAAAAAACCACUGCAAAAACCGUGUACGAUCAAUCUUGCUCAACGUCGGAUCCGAAAAGAUCGUGAUCAGGCAAAAUAGGUCAAAACGUUACAGUCAAGAAGACUUUUGCGGGGACUGAUCAAACAACGUGAAAUAGAGGUAAGUUGCGAUAUUUCGACUGGCCAAUACCAGUCUUCAUCAGGUUUAUAUCAGGUUUUUUACGGUUGAGUACUGUACUGCACUGCACUAACUGGAAUGGGCUCUUUCCAGUCGUGAAUUGAUUAGAAUAAACUUCCGCAUAUCUUUCUAGAAUCAUCUCCCGCUCGUAGAAUAGUGUAUGGCAGAUAGCAUCAGCAAUUGAUCUGAAAAUGAAGAAGUGGCUGACUAGUUCUCAGUUCGAUAACGGCCAAACGUCAAGAUUUUCGCUUUUUACCAUAUUUCUAAUGAUGAAAACUUCAUCCCAAAAUAUCCCAAUAACACUCUCACAGUUUCCGUUUUAACUUCACGAACAUCGAGACGACUAUUUAAGGAAAAAGCUUCCUUGAACGAUUUUGUAAGAACAGUUCCCUGUGCCGAGAAAUAUUACUGCAAGUAAUAUAGGCAAUGGCGUCAUUUCGUUGCUAUGACAACUCCGAUGUCAUUGCAUUCCUGAUCAUGACAAAUUUUCAUCUUUAUCUAAUAAAACUGUGGUGGCAAUUUUUCUAAAUGUUUGUCUAUGGCGACGUAGUUAUGCUCAGAAUUGGGAGGUAUUGACCCUGAAAAACUGUUACAGUAUCGAGCCACCUUCAUAUACCAGUGCGGCCUCUGUUGUUGCAUCGUGUGGCCCUCGUUUCUUUUCGACUGUACGUUUCGGCAAAAUUCGGGCAACUUGCGAGAAUUUUUUGGGCAAAAGGUUUACCGCCCCCCCUGGCAAAAAAUUUCCCGUACGCCUAUGUAGGUUAUUCUAUAGUUCAACACGCCAUUAGUAUAAAAUGUUGUUUACUUUUUCUACAGGCGUUGUUCCAUACGAUUCCUCUGAUUCCUUUUUGCAGUUUCGAUUUGACAACAGUUGUGAAUAUUUGCGAAAGUGUACCACUUGAUCGAUCAAGCACGCAUGCAACCUUUGUGUAUUUUAUCAUUUCCUCUUGCAGUCUGUAAAAGGCACUAAGAAUAACCGUGAACUUUGACUUUUCAGGACAAAAUCGUUGUCUUGGUUGAAUUGAACGAAGUCAGGAAAAUGACGGAAGUCACUGAAAGAUCGACCAAGAGAGACUUAGUGGAAGAUACAUUUGGCAUACAUGUACAGGGCACUGUUUCGUUGCAGCGUUAUGAUAAGGAUUUGGGAGAGUUCGUCGAAGUCGAAAUAAAAGACCUGAAAAACCGAGAUAAAAUAAAAGUCAUGAUUUUGGAAAGCUGCUUGCACACCAGAAAACCGUAGUCACGCUGAGCAGUUAUGCACACCAUUGACAGAAACAAGCAGAGCGACUGUUUCCAUUUGUGAAGGCGGUGAAAAGGCCGUUGACAGACUGCUGCAAAACCUUGAAGACCGCAAAACCUCGCUGGAAUACCGUCUACAACUUGCCCAAGCGACUUUAACUUCCUUACAAGAAAAACCACGUACAAGGGAGCCAUAAAUCCGUCCCAAACUGGGUGAACGCUAGUUUCCAUAUCUCGCCUGCCUGCCAUUUUUCAACUGGAGCGCGGCAGGAGCGUGGUGUCCAUAUAUGGCAAGGCUUUUGUUUAUUAAUCCAAUCAACAUUCGAUUAUUGAAUCGAGGCUCGAUUUGAAUAUUGCAUUAUUUAUUUCGUGAAUAAACCACGGAACCAACGAACGGAAACAAUUUGCCAUUAAUGAAUUUAUUAGUCCGUUAGCGACGGGAACGCUUGGCCUGGUUUGACUGUAAAACUGGUUAUACUGGUAAGCUCUGUUUUGUAUCUUCAGUAGGUAAAAAACCGUUAAUUUGUGAAGCUUUCACAUAUUGCUUUUCCAGUUUAAGUAGAAAUUUGAAAACUUUCGGAAAUUUUUUAAAAAUAAAACUAGGUAUACCUAUCGAUAGAGUGCCAACGAGCAAAUCAUGCGUAUUUUGCAUAGGAAUGGAUUCCUUUUUUCCUGAAAGGAUUAUUUCCUUAAAACUGAUGUGCUAUGCAAGGCGGUAUAAGCUAGGUUCGGAGAAGAGUCAGUCCUCAGACUGCUGUGGCUUUACGAACCUGCUAUAUAAAAGUUUGAAGUGUCAUGAGGCAUACUUUUUUGAAAGAAUAAAACAGCUUGCAGAGGAAGCGAUCGGCAAUAUUUAGGGGGAAAUAUAAAAAAUGAUCGUUUCUCUUACCACUACAAAAUUAGUGUCGGUUCGGUUUCACUUUGUAGAUAAAUAUUUGUCCAGUUUAAUCAUUUAAACCUCCUCUAAAAUUUCCCGAGGCUUUUUGUCGAGUUCCCGAUUGAAUUUUAGAAUGAUUCGCUGCGCUGCUUGAAAUGUUUUCAAGGGCAUGCGAUGUACGGCACGUCGGUAUUUUGUUUUCACUUCGGCCAGGUUUCGAAAAAAAUGGCGUUGUUUUCUUUUCCUUCGUCGUUCGCUUUAGGCUUGUAAUUCUUUUUUAUUCUUAUUUUUCCAUUUGCUGGUUAGAUUUUUUCCCAACAUCAGAUUUUCCAAAAGAAGCGACAAUAUAUUCUUCGUAUCAAGCUUUCCUUAUCUCCUCGUGUAAUCUGAUCCUUUUGCUUGUUACAAGCUUCUCUUCGUUAAAACCUUACAUUAAUGGCCCCCCAAAUUAAUACAAUGCAUCAAGUUUUCAUUUUCCUUGACUGCCGGGGCCAGAUUUUGGUGAAUAAACAAUAAAAGCGUACCACAUUCAAGUUCAGUCUUCGCGUACAGCGGAGGAAAGAACACAUGUGUAGUUUACCGCCUUUUGAUUGGCUGAAACUGUCACAUCACUUGGUCUCAGGGGAAUCUACAUUACAUUAGGUUACACUUUUUGAAGCUCGAUCGAGAAUUUUUCUGCUUACAGCCAAGUCUUGCGCGGCUCUAUUCUGCUGCCGCCUCGCCAUCCGAGCGUCUUCGCUCGGAUGGCUCGUUGGCAAUGAAGUUGAGAAUGCUUAAAUUUAAUGCCCUCUUCUUAUAUUUGCUUGUUGAAAUCGCGAAAAUAAACCCCAGGAAAAUACUAUCUCGCCAAAUUGGCGAAAUUAAGGACCAACAAGGCAAUCUUUCAUCAAACACUGAAAUUUCACGACUCAACAACCGAUCGUGUUGUCACAGAUAAUGAUAUAUAAAGCUUGAAAAGAGACUAUAUGAAAUUGCAUGGAUCAGAGAUUUUACUCGCAAAUAUAUAUUUUUUUCUAAACUUUGUAUAAAAUAAAUGUUAAUAAAAACCACCACGUACAUAUAAAAGGCGUACAUGUAGAGCAGUGCCUAUAUAAAUAUUAUUAUGUAGAGUUCAACUGGAAACUUACUGUCCGUGCUAGGUAUGGGUCAGUUAUGUACUAAAAUGUUUCAACCAAACUGUUAUUCAAUAUAUACGCGACCCGAAUGUCACGAAAGAAUUACCUGUAUUUCCUCUAUUUAUUUCCUAAGGACAUAUUAUUAGAGGCUGGUGGCGGGCUAAUUCUUGAAGACUGGGGCUUGAUGACGUGUAAUGCACCUAUCAAUGUAAACCCCGUGGGGGAGUGCGGGCAAGGGGUGGGGAUUUGACAAAUUUUAAAAUUUUUUGAUCAAAUUCCCCAGGGUGGGAAAGGAAAGGUCAAUCAAAAGUGUCAAAAAAGCCCCCACCCCAGGGGAAAAAUCUAAACAAACAAUACUAUAAUACUAUGUAAAACGAAUAAAAGAACAUUUCAAAAGUACGUUCUUACUACUUUUAUUUAAGGUUAACGUAAGUUCCGUUAAAUUACUCGCUGCAAUUAAGUAUUUUCUCUCUCCACUAGCAUCUCUUAUUUUGAAGAACAUAAUCGCUCCAGGAAGAUUGACCGUGCUAUUAUAUUAAUGAAACGUAAAAUGCUUUUAUAACGUCUGCUAAACAUGUCGGAACAAGUCGGAUCAGUGACCCGUAAAAAAUCCUCUGACUUUAAUGGUAGAAUUCGAUUUCAGUCGAGGUUUACAAUCAGAUGGGAACUUGGAGAUAAAAACUUUCUCAAAAUAGACAUUAUCUGCUUAGAUGACAGUGUAAAGUAUCAGAUUAUGGCGAUUAUAACAAAUGAAAACUUCAUACCUUUCUCCCAGUGUGACUUUCAGAAAGCCUCGAGGGUUCUCGAGGGACGGACUUGGUAACCGCUUCUGAAUUGAUACCAGGCUUCUAUCGGUUAAAGUCCAAUGUCCCUACCCCGGGGUCGCUUCGCACGAUCAAAAGCCCGACAGGGGGAUAGUCUCAGGCAUCAAAUCCCCUCCCCUUGCCCGCACCCCCACGGGAUUUACAUUGAUAGGUGCAUAAUGAGAUCAAAAUGAGAUGGCGGGAAGGGAGAGAAGUUAAGGUGGCUCGACUUGAUUUUUUAUGGGGGAUACCUCCCAAGUUUGAACAUUAACUAUGUGGGCAUGAGUAAAGCUGUGGGAAAAAGACUACCACAGCUGUAUUAUAUAAAAAUGAAACUUUCUUUUGAUCUGGGUUUUAAGUGCAACGUAAUGACGCCACAACGCUUUUUAUUUAUCUUUGGUAUGGCGUGAUUCUGUGGGUGUUGGAGUUCCAGGUCAUUGCUUAAAUCAGAGUGUAAGGGUUAUUUUUCAGCAGAGCUUCUCUGUUUGUUACGCCAUACUGAUGAGCUAGCGAAACAACUGUCUAUGGCUACAACCCCGCUCUGUUUUGGGUUCUUUCGGUGUCGUGUUGAUGUCUUGCAAAAUUAAUUUCCACGCAGUACGAUCAGCAUUGCAGUAUUCUGCUUGCAGAAUUUAAUAUACCUACUUGUUAUUUUUGCUGAUCAGGUCUUAAUAGAUCCUACGUUCUGCGGCAUAUUCGUUUGUGGUCCUUUACAGUCUUUUGUGGUUUAUGUUCUCAAAAGGGAAACUGAUAAAAUGUCUCAAGAACAACUUUCAAGUCAUUUGGCCACUGGCAUAAUGCCCCCUAUGCAAGUUGGUUGUCACUGUGUAGGGCGUAGUAAUUGUAUUCAUGAUACUCUUCCAUUUUAUCUUUGUCUACAAUUUACAUCUUCAGCAGUGUAACUUCUCGUGUCUCCUUUUUGUCUAUUUCCCUGCCUUUUCUUUUGGCAUGCUAGGAUGUAUUUCUGCAAGAAAGCUCUCCAUUUGAGUUGGAGAACCGCAAGAAGUUACGCAUGAGUCGAACGCGAAAAGAUACGCGAGUGUGAGGGACGGAGUACCUAAGACACACCGUUCCUGUGUACAGGCACGCGGCGCGGGAAUGGGUGGACAUGAUUUCACUACUAUAAUGGCAUUAUCGUUCUUCCCAGUAUAGCCUAGCCGUUUCUACGGGAUAAGACUAUCAACGCUAAUAACGCACUAUGUAAAAGAAAAAAUUCUCUCUCUUUUCAGUCAUGCCGAGGAGAUAAAGCCAAUCAUGGACAGCACGAUACAACUUCUAUGACGGAUUACUUGUACCGACGUCAACUUGGAACUGAAGCUCUCGCACACGGUGAUUACUUCGAGCAGAUAUUGAACGAUGCCAAAAAGAUAAAAAACAAACGCUUUGAAGGGGAUGCAUGUAACAACCUUGGCCGGGCCUGUUAUUCUCUCGGUGAAUUCAAGAGAGCAAUGGAGCUUCAUCAGUUGGGUCUAAGAAUUGCCAAAGAGACUGGAAACAAAGAUGCAGAGGGAACUGGAUAUAACAACCUUGGCCUUACUUAUAAGUCUCUCGGUGAACUCGAGAAAGCAAUGGAGCUUUUUCAGCUGGGUCUAAGUAUUGCCAUAAAUACUGGAAACAAAAAUGCAGAAGGAAUUCGAUAUAACAACCUUGGCACUAUCUAUCUUUCUCUCGGAGAAUUUAAGAGAGCCAUAAAGCUUUUUCAGCGGGGUCUAAGAAUUGCCAAAGAGAAUGGAAACAAAGAUGCAGAAGGAAAUGGAUAUAACAACCUUGGCGUUGCCUAUUGCUUUCUCCAUGAAUUCGAGAAAGCAAUUGAGCUUUUUCAGCGUGGUCUAAAGAUUGCCAAGAAUACCGGAAACAAAAAUGCAGAAGGAACUAAUUAUAUUAACCUUAGCUAUGCCUAUCAUUCUCUCGGGAAAAAGGAAAAGGCAAUCGAAUUUUCCCAGCUGGGUCUAAACAUCGCAAAAAUGACUGAAAACAAAAAUAUGCUAGAAAGAGGAUAUGACAUCCUUGGCCAUGUCUAUCUUUCUCUCGGUGAUUACGAUAAAGCAAUCGAAUUUUAUAAGCUGGGUCUAACCAUCGCACAAGAGACUGGAGACAAACAUUCAGAAGGACAUGGAUACAUCAAUUUUGGCAUAGCCUAUCAAUCUCGUCAUGAUUCCCAAAAAGCAAUUGAAUUUUAUCUGCAAGGUUUAAGUAUCCUGAAGAGGAUCGGUCACAAAGAUGUAGAAGCAUCUACAUAUGGUGCACUUGCUCGUGCUUUUCGUUCUCUUGGCGACUUUUCGAAAGCUGAGGGGUUUUUUAAAUCCAAAAUAAAACUGGUAGAAGUAAUGAGGGUUCUUCUUCAAGAAAAAGACGAGUGGAAAAUCAGCUUUCGGAAUAGGUACGACUUUAGAGAAUUAGUAGCACUUCAAGUACAACAAGGCAAGAUCAUCGAAGCGCUUUUUACAGCUGAGGCGGGGCGAGCACAAGCUCUCGUGGAUCUCAUGGAGUGGCAAUAUGGGGGCAAAAAAUCAAUUCCAUUGUCGUCCAAACUGCAGACGGAACUGACACUAUCUAACUUUUCAAGCCAUAUUUCGUCACCUACGCUAUUUCUAGACAGAGACAGAGACAGAGACACGUGCGGCGAAGCAGUGUAUCUUUGGCUUCUGCCAAAGGGACAGCAGUGUCCGUUUGUGAAAAAGGAAAUCGGUGUGGAGUUGAAAACAUUGAUUGACCGAACAUACAAAAAGAUUGGUGUUAAGAGAAGAGGUAGGAGCGAUAAUCGUUCCCCGGAGGAGCCAGAAGAUGAAGAAAUCGACGACUUGUCUGAUAGGAGUACAGAGGCGUCUGCAUCGUCAUCACAGCAAGACAAGGGUGGUGCUUUGAAAACGUUGUACGAGGUGGUUAUUGCUCCAAUCUCACAUUUGAUAAAAGGCGAUGAACUCAUCAUUGUUCCUGACGGUUCGUUCUUUCAUAUUCCUUAUGCCGCCCUUGUGGACCAGCAUUCCAAGUAUUUGUCUGAAACGCUUAGAAUUCGGCUGGCUCCAUCACUUACCUGCUUAAGACUACUGGCAGAAUGUCCGGAGGGGCGUCAUAGUACAUCUGGUGCACUGCUUGUUGGCAAUCCGUGGGUGGAAACAGUACGCAUUAACAGCAAAAAGGUACCGCAGCUCCCGGGUGCUGAGAAAGAAGUAAAAAUGAUUGGACAGAUUCUCAACAUUGUGCCUCUCAUUGGUAAGAACGCUACAAAAGAGCAAGUUUUAAGUAUGCUUAACCCAGUGUCCCUAAUACACAUUGCAGCUCAUGGUCGAACAGAAAACGGAGAAAUUAUUUUAUCUCCUAAUCUUGCUAGUGAGGACAGACCAAAAGAGGAGGACUUUCUUUUGACGAUGACAGAUGUAUUAGCUGCAAAACUACACGCCAAGCUUGUUGUAUUAAGCUGCUGUCACAGUGGGCGAGGGCCAAUCAAAGCCGAAGGAGUGGUUGGUAUUGCACGUGCCUUUUUAGGAGCCGGUGCUCGUUCUGUUAUUGCGACACUGUGGGCGAUUGACGACGAAGCCACACUGGAGUUUAUGAGACACUUUUACGAACAUUUGGUAGCAGGGCAAAGUGCAAGUAAGGCGCUUCAUCAGGCCAUGAAAUGUUUACGGGAGUCUGGGCAAUACAAAGCCGUGAAGCAUUGGGCCCCUUUUGUGCUGAUUGGUGAUGACGUGACAUUGAAUUUCAACCAAUGA